AUGACGGAGUCAUCUGAUCGCGAUAAACAACGUCAAAUUCUAUAUGAUCAAGGCUGGUCCGUUGUCUAUGGCGACCUUAUCAACGAAUGGGAUGUAAUCACAGGCAUUGCUUCUAUCCCUUUCGGCGCUACUGGUGCCUGGUUUUCCGAGCAACUUCAAGCCCAAUUACAGAAAUUCCAGCAGAGCCUUAGUGAUAUCUCCGGCGAUGCUGUGAACCAGGCAAGAGACUACCUAAAAGAUCUGUUACAACACAGAAAGCUCGGUGAAAGAAAAUUUGACAACUUAGAGGUUAAAGUUGGUAUCCUCACAUAUAAGCGACGGCUCGAAGUCUUGGGCGGAUGGACGAAAUUGCCAAACAAUUACCAGCCGUAUAUGGCUCUGCGCAUCACCAACAAGCAAUCACCAGAUUUGCCUCCCCUGACUGCAGAAGCUAAGGGCCGACCCACACCAUCUGGCAAGAAUCUUGGCUCUCGUCUCAAUACAAAUAACCACACAAUGAUGGAAGGUGAUUAUCUCCAAUCUGACAACGGUUACUACCGUUUCAUUUGUCAAGGUGAUGGCAAUGUCGUGUUGUAUGGGCCUGGGAACACGGUUGUCUGGCAGUCAUACACCGAUGGGAGAGGUUAUCCACCUUUUCGCAUUGUCGCGCAGACGGACCACAAUAUCGUUCAAUAUGACAGAAACAAUACACCGUCUUGGAGGACAGGAACCGCUAUGACGGGAUCUGAUCUUUCCGAAUGUGUUCUUAUCCUUCAAGAUGAUCGGAAUCUGGUUCUGUACGACCCCGCGGAUCAUUGGAAGGCCUUAUGGAACACUAAAACAGCAGCAUAA